AUGAAUGGCAACACCCAGCAGCAACAACCACCCAGCGCCUUCCCGGAGAAUCCGGAGCAACCCUUGUUGACACCGCUCCCAGGGUACCCGGUCGGGUCCGUUCUUGAUGGCUCGCCACUUGUACCACCGUUUGGUGUGUCAACAGGCUUUUACUCUGCCAAAGCACGCGCACUUCAGUACUUUGAUCCACACGUUAAUCCUGAAGGCAGUCGGUAUGUCAAGCUCUACUACCACCUGUUUUAUCGCAAGAACUUGACGCGCCGAGUAUUUCACGAUAUUCUUGACCAGAUGGGGUUUAAAAAUGUGGCAGAGCACGAGCGCCAAAUCAACCAUUUUCUUCGGGCAAUUCGUGCGAGCUCAGACCCUACCGGAGACGGUGCGCCUGAAAUUCUCAACAGGAUGUUUUCAACUCAGGUAAAGCGUGUUGCCGUUUGUGAAAACUUUUGCAUUGCUUACACAUAUGGCGAUUUUAAGGAGGGUGCACAGAUACCCAAAUACUCUUGCCCCAGAUGUUUCUCCGAACGCGUGUCGUGGCUUGAAUACCUAUCUCCGCGUCUAAUUAUUUCCCACAUGAUGGGCUCUGCGCAAAUGUCUCGCAUGAUAAAGACAGCUCCGUUUGUUUGUCCGGAGUCGUACCAGUUUACAAAUUUUUUUACGGAAAACGCGCUUCGCCUUAAGAAAAUGGGCAUUCUCAACUCACCAUAUGACUUGUUAUUUGCUCUUAUUGUUGACGACUCCAACUCAUUUGUCACUGACGAUGUUGAGCUUAUUCAGAUAAACCUUGUGCUUUUAAAUUUGCCACCGUCAGAGCGUGCAAAACAGGAAAAUACCUUCCCUGUCUUUUUCAUUCCAAAGGAAACCAAAAAAGGUGAACGUGUUAUAGCUCAUACUUACUACCAGACAAUUGUUGAUGACUUUAAAGCACUUGGAAAUGAAGGUAUGUGGGUUUAUGACGCCGAAAUUGAAAAAUGGGUAGUCAUUAGAGCCUUUCUUGGAUUUGUUUCUGGCGACUUGAUUUCCAGCAGCUUACAGAUGGGAUAUGCCAAUUUUUUUGGUGGCGACUGUCCAUGCAAAGUCUGUGGCCUUAAGCGGUUUUUUCUUAAGAAUAUUACAAGCACGCACUAUUCUGGGUUUUUCAGUUUCCAUUUGAUAAACUAUCAACUGGUACGCACCCAGGCUUUUACGAAGAACCUUGAGUGGUACAACCGGGUUUGCAGUCAAUAUCCAUUCGAUGAACAGAAUUGGAAGUUUCCCGACCAGCUCUGCAAGGAAUAUGGCAUAACUGACAAGAAUGUAUUUCUAGAAUUGCCUAAUAUUUCUCUUCCUGAUUCAUUCCCGUUUGAUGUCAUGAGCAUCAGCUUAGACGGAGUGCUACGGACCAUUAUGAAUCUUUUGUUUGGAGGUCCCAGCUGCUACGAACGCCUGGAACCAAAGUAUUCUUGGAGUGAGAUUGCAAAAACACGAGUUCGCGAGGUAGUUGGGUGGAUUAACAUUUCCAAAACAUGGGGGUUUUCCGAUGAGGACUUGUUUGUUGCGGACAAUGUAAUUAAUGGCACUGUCAACUCCUUUAAGUUUGGACAACUUCGUGAGUUUUUUGAGCUCUUUUCUAUUUUUUAUUUUGAGAUUUUCCGGGGCCGUGAUAUUGAAGACAAGCUUCUUUUGGAGCUCAACAUUUUGCGCAGAAUCGCAGCUUCGCGUAAAUUAACCUCACGAACAGUUGAUUUUCUCAAGGCCUCUUUUGAAAAUGUGAUCAAGAACCUUGAAAUAGUCAUUACGAGAAAUUACUCCGUGACAAAAAACGCCACCAUUUUUACCCUCUACAUUCACUUGGUCGUCCACAUCACUGAAGCCAUUACCAAGUGCGGCGAUCUUUCAGCUUUUGUGAGCCCUGAACGUGACAAAUACACGCGUCUUAUGAGGGGGUAUAACCGGCCAUGUUCGCACUACAUCCGGGCCAUUAUGAAUUACCGCACCAAGGCCAUUGCUGUGCAAGCCCUCAAUGAGGCCAUCUUCACCUUUUCAAUAGGCCACUGUUCGUUUGAGAUGGAGCUUGAUACCUUCCCACCACUUGAGCAGCAGCGAGCUUGGUCAACCAGCUCCAUGAAGAACCCUCUUCGUGGUGAUCAGACCUAUGUUCUCAAGACGUUUUUGCAAAUCAAUCGACUUGUUUGGAAUUAUUUCAACAGGGGUGACAGUUUGAUCCCUGAUAUUGAGCGGCUGUGUGUGAUUGGAGCCAAUGGGAUCCCUGUGAGCUUCCCGCAAGAGCACACCAUCUUUCUAUUGCCUGAAGAUUGCCGUCGAUUCCAGUUUAUCCAGUUUGCGUCACUGGAUAAGCAGAUACCUAAUGGGUUUAUUUUGCGACUAGAGUCGCGUGCUGGCCAACAGCCUUGGUAUGUGUAUGCACGAGAAUAUAUUCGUGUGACUGUUCACAUUUGCGAUUUGAAUGGGCAGAACGUGCGGGCCGUAACACGGGAUUUUGUUCUCUUUACCAAUCUGUCUUGUCUUGAGCGCAAGAUUGAAAAGACAGCUUCUCUGUGCACAGAGCUCAUUUUCCCACCAUCUUAUGAUGUUACGGAAGCCGAUCGCGACAAGACAUAUGUCAACUAUGGAUACUACUACAAGAUUCCAUUUACGAGCGAGACCAGACAGCAGCUCAAGACAUCACACGCAAUAGGGAUGUUUGCUCCACUUGAAGAGACAUGGGGAUUAGUACCAUUAGAACAGGUGUCAAACCCUGUAUAUUCUUUUGCGGUUGUAGAUGAAAACGAUAAGGACAUGAUCAAUGUUCAUUUGUACGACCCGAGGCUGGAGUGCACUGUGUUUGUAGAUAAAAAGGAGGUGUUUAUUGACGGAAAUGUGGGUGAGUUUAAUAUUAAUGCAGAGUAUCAUAAUGCAAUGAAUGCGACAGUGUGA